ACUAGGUUGUCCCCCCUGGAAGAGGAGGUCUUGGAACCAAUUGGUGUGUCAGAGUAGUUUCUUCGUUGGUUUGAGUGUUUUCUCCCCCGGCAGGCUCUGUGGGCGAAGGAGCAUGAAGGACAGAGUAGUCACGAAGAGCUCAUCCCAAAUAUGGACUUGGGUUGAGAGAGAUGUUAGUUUGAGAUGAGCGUGGCCAGUUCACGUUUUGUAAUUCACGAAUUUAUUUGUUUUGAGGGUCAAGGCUGAUUACAAAUACUUUUUCUUUUUUUUGAUCUUCAGGAAAGUGGAGAGCCUCAAAAAUUUAUUGUAGGAGGUUUAAAAAGUAUGCUCUUUGGAUCUCUCCGACUGAGUUGGAAAAUAUUUGAGUCUCAACAAAUGAAUUCCACACUUGAACUCUGCCGCAUUCCUGUGCCACCUCCUCCUUUAGAAAACUGAUCUUAGAACAGAGAGAUAAAAGAGGAAUAGAAGGUAAAAGAAGAUGCUGGGAUCUGAACGUGGUGUUGUAGAAGAAUGGUUAUCAGAAUUCAAGGCAUUACCUGACACUCAGAUCGCCAAUUAUGCAGCAACUCUACACCGGAAGAAAACACUGGUACCAGCCCUCUAUAAAGUUAUUCAAGAUUUGAAUAAUGAGCUCCUGGAGCCUGUCUGCCACCAGCUAUUUGAGCUCUAUCGUAGCUCUGAAGUUCGACUUAAGAGGUUCACGCUGCAGUUCUUGCCGGAAUUGAUGUGGGUUUAUUUACGGCUUACAGUUAGCCGAGACAGACAGAGUAAUGGUUGCAUUGAAGCACUCCUGUUAGGAAUUUAUAAUUUGGAAAUUGCUGAUAAAGAUGGAAACAAUAAAGUUCUAUCUUUUACUAUCCCUUCCUUAUCCAAGCCUUCAAUAUACCAUGAGCCGUCGACAAUUGGAUCCAUGGCUUUGACUGAAGGGGCAUUGUGUCAACAUGAUCUCAUCAGGGUUGUUUAUAGUGAUCUUCAUCCUCAGAGGGAAACAUUCACUGCGCAAAACCGGUUUGAAGUCCUGAGUUUUCUCAUGUUGUGUUAUAAUUCUGCUAUUGUGUAUAUGCCUGCUUCCUCUUACCAGUCUCUUUGUCGGAUGGGCUCCCGGGUUUGUGUAAGUGGGUUUCCACGGCAACACGAAAAACACUGGAAAGAACUCUGUGGUCGAAUAGUAUUGGAUCCCGAAUUUAUGGUGCAACUUCUCACCGGGGUUUAUUAUGCCAUGUAUAAUGGACAGUGGGACCUUGGCCAAGAAGUCCUUGAUGACAUCAUUUAUAGAGCUCAGCUAGAACUCUUUUCUCAACCACUACUGGUUGCCAAUGCCAUGAAAAACUCAUUACCAUUUGAUGCUCCCGAUUCUUCACAAGAAGGCCAGAAAGUACUUAAAGUGGAAGUCACUCCAACAGUGCCGAGGAUUUCUCGGACUGCGAUUACAACAGCUUCAAUCCGUCGCCAUAGAUGGAGGAGAGAAGAUGGCUUUGACUUCUCAAACGAGGCUGACUCGAGUAUUCCUGGCUCCCCGAUCCAACACGGCUCCACUGACCUAGGGAUCAAACGUGUGCAAGAGGGGGAGGUGCUGGUGCGCAGGACCCCUGAGCAUGGCUCACCGGAGCCCAACUCAGCAGCAGCCACAACAGAGGGUGCUGAGGGUGUAAAUGGAGGAGAGGAGUCGGUAAACCUGAAUGAUGCAGAUGAAGGAUUUUCAUCAGGGGCUUCCCUCAGCAGUCAGCCAGUUGGGACCAAACCGUCCUUCUCUUCUCAGAGGGGAAGCUUAAGGAAAGUAGCAACUGGGCGUUCAGCCAAGGAUAAAGAAACAGCCUCUGUCAUCAAAUCCAGUGAGAGCCCUCGAGAUUCAGUAGUUCGCAGGCAGUAUGUACAGCAACCAGCUGACCUUAGUGUAGAUUCAAUUGAGCUGACACCGAUGAAGAAACACCUGAGCCUGCCUGCUGGCUCGGUGGUGCCAAAAAACAAUAGUUUAAGUCUAAUCCGGACAGCCAGUGCUUCCUCAAGUAAAUCAUUUGACUAUGUAAAUGGCAGUCAAGCAAGUACCAGCAUUGGGGUUGGCACUGAGGGAGUUACUAAUUUAGCAGCUAACAAUACUAAUCGAUACUCAACUAUCAGUCUACAGGAAGACCGGCUAGGUCAAGCUGGAGAAGGUAAAGAGCUCCUCAGCCCAGGAGCUCCCUUAAACAAGCAGUCUCGAUCCCCAAGUUUCAAUAUGCAGCUAAUAUCCCAGGUGUAGUUUAACAUCCUUUCUCAUCUUUCUGCUUACCUUUUAAACUGAACAUUUCAUUGUGCAAAAAGACACUUCAUCCCACGUUGUGAAAAUAUUGGUCAUCAUAAUCAGAUUUGAUUUAGUUUAGGUAUCUUCAUCCUGUAUUUUGUAUGGAAACAGCAAUAAGGUUUUCUUUUCCCUCCUUCCUAUAUCUUCCCUUCGCCUACUCCUUGUAAAUGUGUUUGUGAAGCAGUAUAAAAUGUUUGCAUUUUCCAUGCCUUCUCUUCUCCUUGGGUGAUGUGCAAUCCAUCGUAGGCUGAUCGGUCCCAUUUCAACACUGUGAGACUGAGGAUAUGUUAGAGGAAAUGGUGUAUAUGAUCCCUAUGAAAUGAUUCUUUGGCUUUCUUUUAAAAAAACAAAACAAAACGGGUUUGUUCUCAUAAUCUAUAGAACUAUGAAGAUUACUGGAUCAUAUUUUUUUCUCUCUUAACCAGGAGUGCCUCAGAGAUUCUGCUAUGACUUUGGACUUCUCUGAGUCUGUGCAAUUGUUUUCUUGAGAAGCAUGGGGAAAGGUGGUAGACUGCUGCACUUUUUCAUUAAAAUGAGGGUGGCUCUUUUUCUCCCAUCUCCUUUAUCUUGAGGACACAGUUGUUCAAUUACUGAGGUGUUUAAAUCAAGUGGUGGCCACCUCCAUCGGAGGGCAGGGCUCUAAAUUGAUUGUGUAAUUGAUAAUGCA